UGAUGGAUUAUCAAAUGUAACCAAAGGAGUUAUUGAAAAGACUGCAUUAGUAGUUGAAGUCUGCUGUGACUCUCUAAUCUAAAAUUCAAAACCUGAAUUAUUUGCUGUCUUCCACAUCUGAUUUUUUAGAUACGUAUUCUUUUAUUAUUAAAUUGAGGUUUGCAUAAUCUAAUUCAAUGAAAAUAAUUACAUAAUACUUAAAAGAUGCUUUGAAAUCCAUUCAAAUUAAUGAAGAUUUGAUUGAUAAAAUUUUAGCUUUAUUAUUGAAGAUGAAUUUAAGCGAAGAAAUACUUAAAGAAUCAGAAAUUGUUUAGCCUCUAUUAAAAAUUAAAGAUAAAAAGCUUUUUGAUAAUAUAAGAUCUAAUAUGAUUGAGCAAAUAUAAUAGAAAUGGUCUAGAUGUUAUAUAAAAUUCAAACCAUUACUUGAAGAAUGGAAAAGAAAUAAUAAUUAAAAGGAUAAAUAAGAAGAUCGUAAAAAGAAAGGAAAAAGAAAUUAAUCAUCAAGUUCUAGUGAAUCAUCUAAUAAAAAAAAGAAAAAUAGAAAGAAAUUUGUCAGGUAAUAUUUAAUUGUAUAAUAUGAAUAGAUUUUAAAGAGAUGAUCUUUUACUUAAUUUUAAAUAUUUUAAAAGAGAUGAUGAACCUAAUCAAAGAGGAAUGACAAUGGAGGAAGUUGUUUAAUUUCAGAAACAAUAUGCUGGUGAAUUAAAGCGAUUGAAUUAAAUAAAUGGAGCAUAUAAUAUUAAACAUAGAGAAUCAUUAAUGGAAGGAUAAGAACAUAAAAUGCAAUUAGAUAAUAUUUAAUAAAUGAUUGAACAGAUACAAUUUAUUAAACCUGCAAGUUAUUCAUUAUUUUUAAUCUUUAGAACUGUUUUUAUAAUCAUAAGUAACCUAUGAUACAAAUUAUAUUGAAACUGCAAUCUAAUAAAAAAGAACAGAAUCUAAAAUGUCUGCAUUUUACAAUAAAGAUGUAUAUAAUUAUUAAACAACCUUUAGAGUAUACCUGAUUAACCUGGAUAUAAUGAGAUUUCAAAUACUCAAUCAGGCUUAUAACCUAAAAUAAUUCAUUUAGAUCCUCCAAAAAGAGAGGAUCUUAUGUAUAUGGUCUAAGUUAUUUGCAACAGAGGUCUUAAAGAAUUAGAAGAGAAAAAUAAAAAUGCCAAUAAGAAAUAAGUAAAGGGAAUUCUUAAAAAAUAACCUGAUGAAUAAAUUAAAUAAAAAGAUGUUCUCAAUCAAGCCAAACAAGAUUUACAACCAAAAAUGCAAUAAUUAGUCUAAAUGGUUGAGUAGAAGCAUUAACAUAGCCAGGAAAGCAUUCGUAUUAAUAUUUCAUUAUUUAAGUAACUUUAUUACAUGAUAUUAUAUAAAAAUUAAAGGAUAUUGGUGAGGAAAAAUAUAUAAAAAAUUUUAAAUCUAUCCUUGAAACAAAACUGAACGACAAGCAAACAAUAAUGAGUGAAAAUGACCGUAUAAAAGCUCAAUAAGAUUAACAGAGACUUCGACUUGAGUAGUUAUAAACUAUCAAUCCUGCUCAAGCCCUACGAUUAAGAGCUUACAAAACUAAGCAUUGUCACAAUUUUCAUUCAUCUAUAGGAUGUACAAGAGGAGAUAAUUGUAAUUUCAUACAUGACUCUCGUUAUCCUGGAAGACCAGCUCCAACACUUUAAUAUCCAAAUUUCCUAAAUAAAACUCUAUAUCCCUAAUCCAAUAUGGCUAUCCUUGUUCCACCUUUGCUUCAAUAACUUAAUCCUGCAAUUCUGCUAGGAAGAAAGAAAAAGUAUGAAAGUCUAUGAGU